AUCAGAAAGAAAUCGGAAUUUUUCAAAGUAGACAUGAACAACUCAAGUGAUGAGGUUUUCAAUGAUAAAUCUUCGUGUCCAUAUGUUGUUUCUGGGUUGCUCACAGCAACAAUUUCCCUCAUCAGUAUUUGGGCAUUCAUCGGAAAUACCCUUGUGACAGUUGCUUUCCUGAAAGACGUUACGCUAAGAACAAGCACAAACUAUUUCAUUGUGAACAUGGCUAUUUCUGAUCUGCUAUCCGCUAUGACGAACUGGCCGCUAUAUGCAAUUGAAGGAAUGCAAUCAGGAAAGCAUACGAUUAGUGACUCCAUUGCUACACAAGUCUGCAAAUUUUGUAUCUAUUCAAGAUCCAUUUCCCAGGCUGUGUCAGUCAUCAGUCUCGUGUUGAUCGUCGUGGACAGAUUCAUCGCCAUUGUCCGUCCUUUCCAAGCCACGAGAAUAACUGGUCGAAGCCGUGCCAUAUUACUGCUAUCCACUUGGAUCUUUUCAGUUUCCGUUACUUUUCCUUACGUCUGGUUUUCCAAAAUAGUCCUAGAAAAUCGUCACAAAUUUUGUAGGUUCAACUGGGGCGAAGAUCAACGUCGCAUAUUCUACGCCAUGGGAUUUGUAGUAUUUUACUGCGUUCCGUUACAAGUUAUACCCAUACUUUAUUGCAAAAUCAUGAAAUGUUUGAGACAAACACGGCCUACAGCAGAUGAAGUGCAAGAAAACGUAGCAAUCCGCAACAGACAACAGAAUCAGGUUAUCAUGAAAGUCUUCAUAUCAAUUGUCAUAACAUUUUUUCUAUGUUGGACUCCACUGUGUGUUUUUAUUAUUCUCAAAAUGGUUUUACCCUCAUUGUAUACCAGAGAUUCGUGCUUACUAUCUUUAGCUUUGUUUUAUUACAUAUUUCCAUCUAUUAGCGCUGCAGUUAAUCCUGUCAUACUAGUUGCAUCUAGUUCAAGAUUCCACAUGGCAUUAAGGAACAUGUUUUGUUUCAUUACGUGCUCGUUUACUUGUGGCAGGGAAGUUAGGGUUUCACCAGAAAACGAAAUGAACGCACCACCAGCUGCAAAAUAA